UGUUUUUCAUGACAGUAUGUAUUUAUAGCUAUUUAUGCAUUCGUCUUAAUCGUUAAUCAAUAUUGUUGCAACUUCCAUAGGUUCCUAAUGGUCCAGAAUACACAUUAACAUCAUUGAAUCCAGUUAGUUUAAUGCAAGAUAUAAAACCACCAGUUCCAAUGCCUGAGGUUUUACAACAGCAACAACAACAACAACAACAACAACAGCAGCAGCAGCAACAGCAACAACAACAGCAGCAACAACAGCAACACCAACAGCAGCAACAUCAACAGCAACAGGUUGUCACAACAAGUUAUCAACCAGUAAUCCCGAAAAUCGAGAAAGUGAACUCGUUGAGUAGCCCCACUCUGACUGUAUUGCAGCCUGUAAGUGUCGCGUCCACAUCCACUUACCAGAAUAUCACGGACGUCCGUGCUCAGCAGACGUUUGCUCAAUUCACUGGUAAUUAUAGUUGUGUGUAUUUGUUACUUAUGAUGAGGGGAGGGGCCAGGGUGUUUUAUUUAAUUGACGUACUUUUCCA